UCGGAGUGGACAGUUCGGUAUGUUUUGUAAACAAUUUUUUUGCGCGGAGCCAUCGUUUGCUUCACUGUUUUAAAUUAUUUGAAUAGAAAUAGUACGAUUAAAAGUGAUAAAAGCAUGAUUAACGCAUGCUGUGUGCACGAUUUUCCGGGGAAUGUGCUGGAGAAACUGGAAGACACCGAAGGCGGCUGUAGUGCCUCCAGCAGCAGCACAAGUUUUAUCAUGCAUCCGUUUCGCAUCGUCCCGGAUUGCAACCUUCCAAAGACAACGCUAGAGAAACUACCAAAAGAUGAAAAUAAUUGUUCAGUGGCGGCCCCUAGAAUUACGGAAGACAGGUUCAACCCUCCGGUGCUGGUGAUAGACGAUUUGGGCAAAGUCUGUCGGCUCUGUCUGGAAACAGACGAACAAAACACUCAUGAACCGCUUUUCGCCAAAGAGGACAUCGCUGACUUCAUUGGGCAAUCGAUUGGGAUAGAGAUUCAGCCCAACGACGGAUAUCCGCAAAUGAUUUGCCAGACGUGUAUCGAGAGGGUAACGUACAUCCAUCGCAGUCGGGAGUGGUUCCACAAAAACGACCAGUUCUUGAAAGCGCUGGUCGGAGAGUUAUCGAACGAUUCAGAAUUACCGGAAACGGUUCCGACCGAAGAAACGAACCUCGGCGAAGUCGCUGAACUGUUCGACUCAGGAUUCCUAGAAGCUGAGGAGGUCACUCUCAACGAAUUAGGAAUGACACCGGAGGAGAACAAUAACGCUCCCGAAGACGAACCCUUGGCGCGAAGGAAACGUUCGCGGCGAGUCGGUGUCAAAUCUCGAAAGAAACCGCGAAGACCUCCGGAUGCUAGAUCGGAGAUGAUUCGGCACUGUGCUGAGCUGGAGAGGAUUGAUGGCAAACUUUGGUGCCCUUGUGGGGCGUCCUAUGAGGAGUUGAAGAUGCUCUGUAGGCACAUUUGGGAGGACCACGACAUGGGUGGCCAUGUGAAGCCGAAGCGUCCGACCGCCUGGGUUCCUACGCCAAAUGUGCCGGCCAAUCCGCUGCUGCUGGAAGAGAUGGCCGCUGUUUUCAAUAUGGAUUGCGCCAAGACACGGAGACUUCCGGGAAAGUGAUGUGGGGGUUGAUGGAGUCGAAUGGUUUGUUACAGAAGAUUAUGGUGCCAGAAGAUAGUUCAUAAAUUGUUGAAUCAAUUCAA